UUUAGUUUACUGCUAGCAGGAAAAACACAACUGCGAACUCGCCAUGUUAAGCAACACUCAUCCGUAAAGUAAAUGGCAUUGGGAGGCUGCGGACCAUCUCAUGUUCAUGUUACGACUGCAGAGGUGGGUCGGCUCUGGUCACACCCACGCUGCUGGGCUGUUUUCCGCCUCUUCGGGGAGGAAGUAUCCCCAGAAUCUAGAGGCUGAGAAGCACGUGCGAUUGUUGACGGGGCGCAGUGACUCGGUGGUCAUGGCAGAAGAGGCUAAGAAACUGGCCGGCUACGCAGCGGUGGACAACCAUGUGCAGAACAACCAGGUGUUGGGAGUGGGCAGUGGAUCCACCAUCGUCUAUGCAGUGGACAGAUUAGCGGAAAGAGUUCGUCAGGAGAAACUCAACAUUGUGUGUGUCCCCACUUCUUUCCAGGCUCGUCAGCUCAUCCUGCAGCAUGGCCUACCUCUCUCAGACCUGGACCGCCACCCAGAGCUGGAUGUAGCGAUUGACGGGGCAGAUGAAGUGGACUCUGCCCUCACCCUGAUUAAAGGAGGAGGGGGCUGUCUGGCGCAGGAGAAGAUAGUGGCAGGAUGUGCCAAACAUUUCAUUGUCAUUGCUGACUACAGGAAGGACUCCAGGUGUCUGGGUCAGCAGUGGAAGAAGGGUGUCCCCAUUGAGGUGCUGCCUGUAGCCUAUGUCCCCGUGUCCAGGACCAUUGCUCAGCGCUUCGGAGGGGAGGCCGUCCUGAGGAUGGCCGUCAGCAAGGCCGGCCCGGUGGUGACAGACAACAGCAACUUCAUCCUGGACUGGAAGUUUGAGCACGCCCAGAACUGGAAGGAGGUCAAUACGGCCAUCAAGAUGAUCCCAGGUGUGGUGGAGACGGGGCUCUUUGUGGGCAUGGCUGAGAGGGUGUACUUUGGGAUGGAGGACGGGAGUGUGAAGACCAGAGACCCUCCAGUUAACUGAGUUAUCCAGAGCAUCAUAACUUCCUCCACAGGAGCAGCCCAGUCUGCUGUAAGACCUCAGAGGACCAGUCUGCUGUAGGACCUCAGAGGACCUCCCCUUCCCCCCCUCCCCAAGCAGUACUCUGAAUGUCUGUGAACUUCUGUGCCUGUCUGCUUGCAUGUGGUUUCUGUGUGUGCAAGCCGUCACUGGAGGCCAUGUCAUGGCCAAACCUGUUUCAACACCAUACAAAAUAAGCAACCUUUCUCAAGUUUGGGUGUUGUAGAAAGACAGUGGAUUGUCUUUGACAACAGAGUUGUAGAUUAUAACCCUUGUUCAUAAUUAACUUGAUGUGUUAGCCUCAGGCUAAAAUACCAUGACACACAAUGCCUUACUUUUGUUUUAUAUCAUAGCUUCUGAGAGAUUUAAGGAUGCGGUUUUGUGACUUCGAUUGUGGAGGAUGUUUUAUGAUUUUUCACCAGCGUUUUGUUAAGUUUCUCCUACCAAUUCAACUGUGAUGAUUUGAGAUUGUAGUGUGAGAUUGAGCUGCUGUACACUGGUUUGUGUUGCAGCUAAAUACAGGACCAAAUAAAUAACCAUGAAGACUC